UUUUUCUUCUUUCUUUAUCUACCACACCAUGUCCACAUCUCUUACCAUUUACCUCAUCUAUCGUUUCGCCGCGUUUCAUACUGAUCGAAUGAACACCUAACUGCUCUCCAAAAUCUCAUCUGCCUACCUGUCUCUCUUCUACAAAAUUAUCAUCGGCAUAAUUGCCAAGACCCUCAUGGCUGCACCCAAGUCAGCAAUGUCAUGGAGUUGCAUGCAGCAAAUCCACGGACAGAAGCAGAGUUUUUGCUAUUACUGCACCUACCCAAGGAAGAUCCAAGAGUUUACUCAUGGUUUGACCGUCAAGUGGAGGAGGAAAAGGCAAGGGAUGGCGGUGAAAGGUGGUGGAGAAAGCUUUUACGGCGUUUGGGAGGAAUAUUCAGGGUUUGUGGAGGUGCUCCGGGAGGCCCAGCCUUAUAUUUUUAUGCACAGUGGGAGCACAUUUGUUGUCCUCAUUUCUGCUGAAGUUGUUGCUAGUCCCUACUUGGACACCAUUCUCAAGGAUAUUGCAUUUCUUCAUCACUUGGGGAUUAAAUUUGUUCUUGUUCCGGGGACUCAUGUUCAAAUUGACAAACUUUUGUCUGAGAGAGGACAUGAACCAAAGUAUGUAGGCCGAUACAGGAUUACAGACUCUGAAUCACUAGCAGCUGCAAUGGAAGCUGCUGGAGGGAUUCGUAUAAUGAUAGAGGCAAAACUUUCUCCUGGACCCCCCACAUGCAAUAUUCGUCGGCAUGGUGAUAGUAGUCGUUGGCAUGAAGUUGGUGUCAGUGUAGCUAGUGGUAACUUCCUUGCAGCCAAGAGAAGAGGAGUUGUUGAUGGUGUUGAUUAUGGAGCGACAGGUGAAGUAAAGAAAGUAGAUGUCACUCGCAUGCGAGAGCGACUUGAUAGUGGCUGUUUAGUUAUAUUAAGCAACCUGGGGUAUUCCAGCUCUGGAGAAGUUUUGAAUUGCAACACAUACGAAGUAGCUACAGCAUGUGCUUUAGCAAUUGGAGCAGAUAAGCUUAUCUGUGUUAUAGAUGGUCCAAUCCUAGAUGAUAGUGGACGCCUUAUUCGUUUCUUGCCACUUCAUGAAGCAGACAUGUUAAUUCGUGAACGGGCAAAACAAAGUGAGAUAGCUGCUAACUAUGUGAAAGCAGUUGGUGAAGAAGAUCUGGUUUUGCUUGAGGAGGAUUCUAAUGGAAGUCUCCAUACUCAUCAAAAUGGGAAAGGUCCUGGUGGAGGGCAUAAUGCUACUUUUCUUAAUGGUAUUGGUUUUGAUAGUGGAAAUGGACUAUGGUCUGGUGAUCAAGGCUUUGCAAUUGGAGGUCAAGAACGGCUAAGUCGAUUAAAUGGUUACUUUUCAGAAUUAGCUGCUGCAGCUUUUGUUUGCCGAGGAGGUGUUCAAAGGGUUCAUUUGUUAGAUGGAACCAUUGGUGGAGUUCUUUUAUUGGAACUUUUUAAGAGAGAUGGAUUGGGGACAAUGGUGGCUAGCGAUCUUUAUGAAGGAACACGGAUGGCUAGUUUGACAGACCUAUCUGGAAUAAGACAACUUAUACUACCUCUAGAAGAAUCUGGUGUAUUGAUCCGGAGAAGUGAUGAAGAGCUACGUAAAGCAUUAGAUUCAUUCUAUGUUGUGGAACGAGAGGGUCAGAUCAUUGCCUGUGCUGCUCUUUUUCCUUUUUUUGAGGAGAAGUGUGGAGAGGUUGCUUGUAUUGCAGUUUCUCCAGAAUGCCGUGGUGAAGGACAGGGUGAUAAAUUACUUGAUUAUAUCGAGAAGAAGGCAUCAUCUCUCGGAUUGGACAUACUCUUCCUGCUGACGACCCGCACCGCAGAUUGGUUUAAAAGCCGUGGUUUUGAGGAAUGUUCCAUUGAAAUGAUACCUCAAGAAAGGAGGAAAAGGAUCAAUCUGUCCCGUAAGUCUAAGUAUUAUAUGAAGAAAUUGCUACCUGAUAGAAGUGGAAUUACCAUUGAUAGGUCAUUUCGAUGACUAGUUGAGGCUCCUCAAAGUCUGAAGCAUCACGAUCGUUAGAGAACAUCUGCCGUCUAUUUCCAGAUUUUGCUUUUUGAAUUGUUAGUUCUAGUUGAACAUGAUUAACUCUAUUCAUCAAAGGAUGGUAGAAUUGUAGGUUAAUUAUAGCAAAAGCUUUGUCAGGUAAAUGUAACAUGUAUUUAUGAAAUGUGAGUCUACAUGUUAUCGUGUUCAGCUAGACUCACAUUAACCUACAAUUAAAUACAUUUCAUUUAAUGUGAGUCUGAAUUUUGUUCCA